AUGCCUCGCUUAUGCUAUGAGUCUAUCAGUAUAGUUAAUAACCCCCACAAAGAUUUAUGCAUCUGCAAGAUUUGUAAAAGAAUAUUUCAUCGACCUGUUUUACUUAAUAACUGCCAACAUUUAUUUUGUGCUUCAUGUAUUUUUCCAAAUUUAGUUGGAAAAUUAGAGACAGAAGCAAAAUGCAAGUUAUGUGGCUCUAAUAUAUCUUUAGGUAGCAUUUCAAAAGCAACAACUAUGCAAAAUAUCCUUGAAAAUAUAGUUCUAAAGUGUUCCGAAAAUUCAUGCAAAAGUAUAAGCAAUAAGGAAGAACAUGAACAAGUAUGGAAAAGUGGAAACAUAUUACCCUAA